AUGAGACACCUCUCAACCAUAACCAAACCCGAAAAGAGUUGGAAGCUUAUUACAGUCUUUUUGGGAUACGAUCCAAUCGGACGUAAACACAAACUCGUGUCCAUUCCUCUUAAUAAAACCAGCGACGAGUGUCGGGUUUUAACAUUGGGAUCAGAUCAAGAAUCAUGGAGAAUGGUCAAAACCAACUAUAAUCAUCGUCCUCUCUGCAACAGAAUCAGUUAUGAAUGCAUCAACGGAGUUUUGUAUUACCGCGCAUGUUUUGAUCGGAAAGAGGAUGUUAUAAUGAGUUUUGAUGUCAGAUCUGAAAAGUUCCGUAUGAUAAAACUAAAAUGGGAUGAUUUUGAUGGUACUGGUAUACUCAUAACAUAUAAGGGAAGGUUAGCUUGUUCUAUGGUUGACUAUGCAGAUCAUGGUCUAAGUCUAACAUUGUGGACUUUGAAGGAUGCAGAGAGACAUGAUUGGUCGCCUAUAAAUUUCCCUGAAGCACCUUACCAUCCCAAUGAUCAGAGGUUGAAAACAGCUUUCAGUUUUAGUGGCAUCACGGAUGCUGGUGAGUUUGUUUAUGUACCAUCUGAUUUUCGUCAAUCAUUUUAUGUUAUGUAUUAUGAUCCCAAGAGAAAGACCCGCCACAUAGUUGAGUUUAAGGGAAUCGCAAACGACGAGUUUAGGCUCAAGCAUAGACUUGGAAAUAGACGCGUGUUUAAUAUCUUUACUGUUCCGAAUCACAUAGAGAGUCUCACAUCUCUUUGUAACACUUGA